GUGUAGAAAUGCCCUCAUCUCCUGGUGUUGGGUUGCAGGGACUCAACACAAUGAGGAAACACUGAAGCUCAUACACACAGAAGAAGGAUCUGUCACACCUGCCUACUGUUUAGAGCAGCCAUGACAACGGUCGUCGUGAUAACGAUGCUGCUGUCCGCAUCCCUCCUCCUGUCCUCUGCUCUUCCUUUCCAGCAGAGAGGAUUCUGGGAUUUCGGUGAAGAUAUUGACGUCAGAGAUCUGAUGACGAUGAUGAUGAAGGAUCAGGAGGAAGGCUCGGGGUUUGACGACGUCCCUCAGCUGGUGAUACCAACAUGUCCGUUCGGGUGUGUGUGUCACCUGAAGGUGGUGCAGUGCUCUGAUCUCGGUUUGAUUUAUGUGCCGUCCAACAUCCCGUCUGAUACACUGCUGUUAGACCUGCAGUGCAACGGCAUCACAGAGCUCCGAGAGGGAGAUUUUAAAGGCCUCAGUAACCUCUAUGCAUUAAUCUUGAGGAGCAACCUGAUCUCGCAUAUUCACCCUCGUGCCUUCCUGCCUCUGAAGCGCUUGCAGAAGCUCUACAUUUCCCACAACCUGCUCACCUCCAUCCCUCGCAACCUGCCCGCGUCUCUUGUUGAGAUGCGUAUCCACGACAACCGCAUCCACAAAGUAGCUGCAGGGACCUUCAGUGCCCUGGGGAACAUGAAUGUGAUUGAAAUGGGUCGUAAUCCCAUCCGCAACAGCGGAUUUGAGCCAGGAGCAUUCAAAGGUCUGAAACUCAACUACUUACGAAUCUCUGAGGCAAAACUCACCGGUGUACCAAAAGAUUUGCCAGCAAGUCUCCAUGAGCUCCAUUUGGACCACAAUGAGAUUCAGGCCAUCGAGCUGGAGGACCUAAGCCGAUACAAGCAGCUGCAGAGGCUGGGUCUUGGGUCGAAUCACAUCCUACACAUUGAACAUGGGGCGCUCUCGUACCUGCCCAGCCUGAGGGAGCUUCACCUGGACCACAACCGCCUCUCCACGAUCCCCAGUGGCUUUCCCAGUAUGAAAUACCUGCAGGUGAUCUAUCUUCACUCCAAUAACAUCACCACAGUGAAGAUGAAUGAUUUCUGCCCGACGGGGGUCGGGAUGAAGAAGGUCUUCUAUAACGGCAUCAGUCUGUUUGGGAACCCCAUUGAAUACUGGGAAAUUCAGCCUGCCACCUUCCGCUGCGUCACUGACAGCAUGGCCGUGCAGCUCGGCAACCAUAAGAAAUAGAUACCCAAUGUUCACACACACACACACGCGCACACACACACACACAUGCACACACACACACGCACACACACAUGCACACAUACACACAUAAGACUCUUUUAAUGUCACAUAUUUACUCAAUUCAAUUCAGUUUUAUUUGUGUGGUGCUUUUAACAAUGAACGUUGUCACAAAGCAACAUUACAGAAAUCUAUAAAUUGAAGAUAUACAUUUUAAAUGUAGAAAUUUUUAUUUCGUCUCUGUUGUAUGUAUCUGAUUACCGCUUCGAUGAGUCUGUUGUCCUGCAUCCUGCAUGUCUCGCCUGUCCAUACCGAUGGAGAGGGAUUUCCUCUUGUCUGUCUGUCUCAGUCUCAGUGUCUCAUUACGCUCUACAGCUUCAUGAUACUUUACGCACUAAUUUAAUACCAAAGCGCUUUAACUAUGUCAAUAAAUCACCCAGAUUUUCUAUCAAACAGUGAUUUGUUCUGAUGAAUCACAUCUUACCUAAAGGCCCACGAUGUGUAGAUUAGGAGACGCUUUUAAAAUGUUACAUAAAAUCUUACUAACAAAACAGAUGAGACUGCAAUUCAUUACCAAUAAAAUAAUUUUACAUUAA